AGCGCGGGGAGUGGGAGGCGGAGCGGGCGCGUUUAGCGCCUCGCCAGCCUCCUCCCCACCCCUGGGGCUCUCCGACUCUGCAGGCUGCUGUAAGGAAGGACGCGCCGCGGGCCCCCACCUUUGCGGGGUUCGUGAGUGGAGCCCAGCCUUAUAUGGACUGAUCGCUCGGGCAAUGGCCCAUUUUUUCCUCGCCACCAGCCGCCACCGCGCGCGGAGCGGCCGCCGGAGCCCGAGCUGACGGCACCUUGGCACCUCUCCUGGAGUUACAAACUGAGGCCGCGCGGCGCUGGGCGCGCAGGCCGCCAGUCACUGCGUACAUUUCCGCGAGCUUUCUGAGAAGAGAGGAGGCGCCGGGUGGGCUUUAUUAUUUUCCCCUUUUCCCACAGUGUCCUCCUCUCAUUUUAAAUAAUAAUUAUCCCAAUAAUUAAAACCCAUCCCCCAUCCCUCCCCCCUUUCCUUCCCUUAACCCCCCUCCCCCGCCCGCCCGGGCUGGGGAGCGCCAGGAAUUGACCAAGUGAAGCUACAACUUUGCUGCAUAAAUUGCGGGGUCCAGAACCAUGUCGCUGACCAACACAAAGACGGGGUUUUCAGUCAAGGACAUCUUGGACCUUCCGGACACCAACGAUGAGGAAGGCUCUGUGGCCGAAGGGCCAGAGGAGGAAAGCGAAGGGCCGGAGCCCGCCAAGAGGGCCGGGCCGCUGGGGCAGGGCGCCCUGGACGCUGUGCAGAGCCUUCCUCUAAAGAGCCCUUUCUACGACAGCAACGACAACCCCUACACUCGCUGGCUGGCCAGCACCGAGGGCCUCCAGUACUCCCUGCACGGGCUGGCGGCCAGCGCUCCCCCCCAAGACUCCAGCUCCAAGUCCCCAGAGCCCUCGGCUGACGAGUCACCGGACAAUGACAAGGAGACCCCGGGCGGCGGGGGGGACGCAGGCAAGAAGCGGAAGCGCCGAGUUCUCUUCUCCAAAGCACAGACCUACGAGCUGGAGCGGCGCUUCCGGCAGCAGCGGUACCUGUCGGCGCCCGAGCGCGAGCACCUGGCCAGCCUCAUCCGCCUCACGCCCACGCAGGUUAAGAUCUGGUUCCAGAACCAUCGCUACAAGAUGAAGCGUGCCCGGGCCGAGAAAGCGCGCAGUCGCUGCAGCACAUGCAGUACAACGCCCAGUACAGCUCGGCCAGCACCCCCCAGUACCCGACAGCACACCCCCUGGUCCAGGCCCAGCAGUGGACUUGGUGAGCGCCGACCCUCCAGGACUCGAGGCCGUAGGCCCUGGCCCCACCCCUACCGCGGCGGUGGCGAGGAGGACUCGAUCCUUACCACGGUUGUUGUUAUUAUUAUUAUUAUAAUUAUUAUUAUAGCGUUGAGCCGACGCUCAGUUGAGGAGGCACGGGGAGGUUGCCUGUGUCUCCUCAGAGUGGCAGAUUCCAUCUCCUGACUCUGCCCCAUCCCUCCCUCCUUUGAACCUUUGGAGAGGAUAGAACUCUUAAGUCGUGUUUACAGAAUGUUUGCGCAGCUUCGCUUCUUUGCCUCUCUCUCUGAGGGGACCAAACUAUCCCAACGUUAACGUCGUCACUUGAAAAGAGAAAGGACAAGCCCCAUCCCCCGCACUGCUUUCGUGAAUUUUGUAAAAUAUGUUUGUGUGAGUAGCGAUAUUGUCAGCCUCCUUAAGCAAGAGGAGAACACUUUAAAAUAUAGAGGAUUUCUUUUUUAUAUAAGAAAAUGCAAAAUAUUUAUGGCCAUGUACACGUUCCGACAACUGGUGGCAGAUUUCGCUCUUCGUUGUAAAUAUCGCUGGUGAUCGUUGCCAAAUGACCUUCCGGAUGGGCCUGUAUCCCCAUCAGGUCUAACUCUCCUUGUCCUUUGUUUUGGAUGGGUUAUGUUUGAGUUGCCUCCGUUUUUCUUUUUUAUUUUAUUUUUGUUUUUAAUUUGUUCAGUGCAAACAUUUUUCAACUAUGAAACAGGAAAACCUGUGUAGGCGAGACAUCCCCCGGCCCCGUUUUCCGGAUUCUGAGCCCUGGAGCUUGAAACUCAGAA